CCCUUUCUCAGUAGCAGGGAGAUUGCUGCACACACCGCCCUCAGCUCUGCUGUUCUGUGCGCACUGAGCACAGGAGAUGAGCUUAAGAUCAUCUUGGUGGGGAGCCCGGGAAUGGAGAGGCCGGCUCUGCCCCGCUGAUCAGCACAGCCCAACUUUAUGGGGGGCUAGCUAGACCGCAUCUCACUGCCGGCUGUGCGGCCAACAGGGGGGUUUUGAAGAUCAUGAUCACAUGGAUGCAUCUAACUAAAUGGUACGUGGGGACAUGGUGGUCCUUUAGAGAGCACAUCUAAAUUACUGGCUAAUUCCUUGGUUUGCCACCCAACAUAGGACAUUGUUUGAUUCUAUCUAUCAGAAGUCUCCUAAAUUUUCCCCACCAUGCUGUCUUUAUUAGCUUGAACUCUUUUCCUAAAAUGGUCCUUCUGUUGAUCCUGUCAGUUCUGCUUUUGAAAGAAGAUGUCCGUGGGAGUGCACAGUCCAGUGAAAGGAGGGUGGUGGCUCACAUGCCAGGUGACAUCAUUAUUGGAGCUCUCUUUUCUGUUCACCAUCAGCCCACGGUGGACAAAGUUCAUGAGAGGAAGUGUGGGGCAGUUCGUGAACAGUAUGGCAUUCAGAGAGUGGAGGCCAUGCUGCACACUCUGGAAAGGAUCAACUCAGACCCCACACUCUUGCCCAACAUCACACUGGGCUGUGAGAUAAGGGAUUCCUGCUGGCAUUCGGCUGUGGCCCUAGAGCAGAGCAUUGAGUUCAUCAGGGACUCCCUCAUUUCUUCAGAAGAAGAAGAAGGUUUGGUGCGCUGUGUGGAUGGGUCUUCCUCUUCCUUCCGUUCCAAGAAGCCCAUUGUAGGGGUCAUUGGGCCUGGCUCCAGUUCUGUGGCCAUUCAGGUCCAGAACUUGCUCCAGCUUUUCAACAUACCUCAGAUUGCUUACUCGGCAACAAGCAUGGAUCUGAGCGACAAGACUCUGUUCAAGUACUUCAUGAGGGUUGUUCCUUCAGAUGCCCAGCAGGCACGGGCCAUGGUGGACAUAGUGAAGAGGUACAAUUGGACCUAUGUGUCAGCUGUGCACACAGAAGGCAACUAUGGAGAAAGUGGGAUGGAGGCUUUCAAAGAUAUGUCAGCCAAGGAAGGAAUUUGCAUCGCUCAUUCUUACAAAAUCUACAGCAACGCAGGGGAACAGAGUUUCGAUAAGCUGCUGAAGAAGCUCAGGAGUCACUUGCCCAAAGCCCGGGUGGUGGCCUGCUUCUGUGAGGGCAUGACUGUGAGAGGUCUCCUGAUGGCCAUGAGGCGCCUGGGUCUAGCAGGAGAAUUUUUGCUUCUGGGCAGUGAUGGCUGGGCUGACAGGUAUGAUGUGACAGAUGGAUAUCAGCGAGAAGCUGUUGGUGGAAUCACAAUCAAGCUUCAAUCUCCCGAUGUCAAGUGGUUUGAUGAUUAUUAUCUGAAGCUUCGGCCAGAAACAAACCUUCGAAAUCCUUGGUUUCAAGAAUUUUGGCAGCAUCGUUUUCAGUGCCGGCUGGAAGGGUUUGCACAGGAGAACAGCAAAUACAACAAGACUUGCAAUAGUUCUCUGACUCUGAGAACACAUCACGUUCAAGAUUCCAAAAUGGGAUUUGUGAUCAAUGCUAUCUAUUCCAUGGCCUAUGGGCUCCACAACAUGCAGAUGUCCCUCUGUCCAGGCUAUGCAGGCCUCUGUGAUGCAAUGAAGCCAAUUGAUGGACGGAAACUUUUGGACUCCCUGAUGAAAACCAAUUUUACUGGGGUUUCUGGAGAUAUGAUCCUAUUUGAUGAGAAUGGAGACUCUCCAGGAAGGUAUGAAAUAAUGAAUUUCAAGGAAAUGGGAAAAGAUUAUUUUGAUUAUAUCAAUGUUGGAAGCUGGGAUAAUGGAGAAUUAAAAAUGGAUGAUGAUGAAGUAUGGUCCAAGAAAAACAACAUCAUCAGAUCUGUUUGCAGUGAACCAUGUGAGAAAGGCCAGAUAAAGGUGAUCCGGAAGGGAGAAGUCAGCUGUUGUUGGACCUGUACACCCUGUAAAGAGAAUGAAUAUGUCUUUGAUGAAUACACCUGCAAGGCGUGCCAGCUGGGGUCGUGGCCCACUGAUGACCUUACAGGUUGUGAUCUGAUCCCAGUACAGUAUCUUCGCUGGGGUGACCCUGAACCCAUUGCCGCUGUUGUGUUUGCCUGCCUCGGCCUGCUGGCCACCCUAUUUGUUACUGCAGUCUUCAUCAUUUACCGUGAUACUCCAGUAGUCAAGUCCUCCAGCAGGGAACUCUGCUACAUUAUCCUUGCUGGCAUCUGCCUGGGUUACUUAUGUACCUUCUGCCUCAUUGCAAAGCCCAAACAGAUUUAUUGCUACCUUCAGAGAAUUGGUAUUGGUCUUUCUCCAGCCAUGAGCUACUCAGCCCUCGUAACCAAGACCAAUCGUAUUGCAAGGAUCCUGGCUGGCAGCAAGAAGAAGAUCUGUACCAAAAAGCCCAGGUUCAUGAGUGCCUGUGCCCAGCUAGUGAUUGCUUUCAUCCUCAUAUGCAUUCAGUUGGGCAUCAUCGUUGCCCUCUUUAUAAUGGAGCCUCCUGAUAUAAUGCAUGACUACCCAAGCAUUCGUGAAGUCUACCUGAUUUGUAAUACCACCAACCUAGGAGUUGUCACUCCUCUUGGAUACAAUGGUUUGCUGAUUUUGAGCUGUACCUUCUAUGCUUUCAAGACCAGAAACGUUCCAGCUAACUUCAAUGAGGCCAAGUACAUCGCCUUCACCAUGUACACCACCUGCAUCAUAUGGCUGGCCUUUGUGCCAAUCUACUUUGGCAGCAACUACAAAAUCAUCACCAUGUGUUUUUCAGUCAGCCUCAGUGCCACAGUGGCGCUGGGCUGCAUGUUUGUGCCAAAAGUGUACAUCAUCCUGGCCAAACCGGAGAGAAACGUGCGCAGCGCCUUCACCACAUCUACUGUGGUGCGCAUGCAUGUGGGGGAUGGCAAGUCAUCCUCAGCAGCCAGCAGGUCCAGCAGCCUAGUCAACCUGUGGAAGAGGAGGGGCUCCUCUGGGGAAACCCUAAGGUACAAAGACAGGAGACUGGCCCAGCACAAGUCGGAAAUAGAGUGUUUCACCCCCAAAGGGAGUGUGGGCAAUGGUGGGAGAGCAACCAUGAGCAGUGGCAAACACCCCCUGUUGCUGCGCUGUGCAUGUUCCCUCAUACCAGUGGACAGUCUAAGUGUGUUUCAGAUCAGAGACCUCCUGAUUGCAGGAGAAGUGAAAGAGAGUCCUAAACAGGGAGGUGCUCUAAGAACCGGAAAUUCUCUAAACCCUGUUAUCCUUCCAUGGGGGAACAACAUCAGAAAAGAUAAUUGCAAUGCAGCAGUAACCCCUGUCCCACAGGAACAUAUCGGAAGCGCGGGGGGCGCGGGCGGCGGCCCCGGCGGGCCGGAGCCCCCGGACGCCGGCCCCAAGGGGCUGUACGACGUGGCGGAAGCGGAGGAGCACUUCCCCGCGCCCGCGCGCCCGCGCUCGCCGUCGCCCAUCAGCACGCUGAGCCAGCGCGCGGGCUCCGCCAGCCGCACGGACGACGACGUGCCGUCGCUGCACUCGGAGCCCGCGGCGCGCAGCAGCUCCUCGCAGGGCUCGCUCAUGGAGCAGAUCAGCAGUGUGGUGACCCGCUUCACCGCCAACAUCAGCGAGCUCAACUCCAUGAUGCUGUCCACCACGGCCCCCGGCCCCGGCGUGGGCGCCCCGCUCUGCUCGUCGUACCUGAUCCCCAAAGAGAUCCAGCUGCCCACAACCAUGACGACGUUCGCCGAAAUCCAGCCGCUGCCCGCCAUCGAGGUCACGGGCGGCGCGCAGCCCGCGGCGGCGGCCCCGCCGGCUGGGGGCGCUGCUCGGGAGACGCCGACGGCCGGGCCGGAAGCUGCUGCCGGCAAGCCGGACCUGGAAGAGCUGGUGGCUCUCACCCCGCCGUCCCCCUUCAGAGACUCGGUGGACUCGGGGAGUACAACCCCCAACUCGCCAGUGUCGGAGUCGGCCCUCUGUAUCCCUUCGUCUCCCAAAUAUGACACACUUAUCAUAAGAGAUUACACUCAGAGCUCCUCGUCGUUGUGAAUGUCAUUGGAAACCACGCUGGGUUCCGCCAAGGGAGCCAAGACCUCCCGUGUUCACGCAGACACAGUGACAAGCAUAGUCGCCUGGUUAAGACCCGAGGUGGAAGAUGCCAAGUACACCCGUAAUGGAAACACGAGAUUAAUAGUGCUAUUUAACAUCAACCGACGAAGACACCGACCACAAAUCCUUUGGCAGAUUUUCUUCUAGUGGCCUUAGAAAACAUGGGCUUUUAAGAAACACUGCUUAUAUUUUUGAGGGCUGACAAGAGUCUGUUGAACCAGUUCCAUACCAAGUGCUUUGCUCUAGGGAAGCAAUGAGUGUGUAACAGCAUAAUGGAGGGGGAAAAGCAUAGUUAUUAAGCAACUGUACAAAGUUUGUUUACUUUAAUUCUUUUCCCAGAAGAUUCUUUGAUUCACCAAACAUGAAUGUACAUUUUCUAACAAACUCAAAAUCUGGGACCAAAAAAAACAUCAACCUUUCGCUCUCUUUUUUUGUUUUUUGGGUUUUUUUUCCGUUUUUUUUUUUUUUUUUUUUUCUGUCCUUUAAAGACUUUGAAAAGCAGUAACUUGGGCCCAGUAUUUACUGAGGCAUUGUUGUGAGUGUGUCCCAUGCAUAACACACAACUGGAUAAUGAGUGCUGCGCUGAUGUGUAUAAGGCUUUUACCAGAGACAUUCCAAUUUGGUUUUGAAAUCCUCUUUGAAAAGCCUGCAUCCGGGAGUCCACCUAGUUAUUUCAAUUCACCUCCAUUAACCAAGAAAACCAAUGGAAGAUUUCUUGACUAUUUCACCAUGUUGCCAAUCAAUACUGGAGUAGCAAAAAAAUAUUUUCUGGAAUACUGUUUUGUAAUUCCCUCACUGGGGUACCGUUGUGUAGCUGGAAAUUCUCUUUAUAAUAAUAAUAAUUCCUGAGCUCCAGCUUGGCUAUCACUUUCAUGAAAUGUGGCCACUCCUCCUUAUGAAUGCUGUUCCAUUAGCAUUGCCAGCUAAAAUAUUAAAAUAUGCAUUUGGGCUUCUCCAUUCCUUUCUUUUGAGAACCUGAUGCACAAAGAGCUCCUCUGUUCUUUCCAAGUCCCACCACUGGAAGAAUGGUCUAUAGACCCAGCGAAGACAGCGACAUGAUUAGAGGGACUGCUGUUCAAAAAGUUAACACAAUCUUAAUACGCUGGAAAUUUUAAACUGUGUCAAGUCGGCUUAGCAGAGAUUUAGCUAUGCCAGUGAGCAGUGAUUUUAACUUUUUUUGGCUGCUUAAAGAGGGCAGCUAUGAACUAUGACAAAUGUAGAUUUUUCAAAGCAAUACAGAAUAUUAAAACAGAGGAACCUUAAUGAAUAUAAACCACACAGUCUCUUAGCCAUUCCAAAAAGAGGCAAAGCAAUUAUUAGUAUUUCCUUUUUAAAAUAAUUAUUAAUAUGAUUUUGUGCACUUCAUACUGUCACUUUUUAAAUACUGCAGAAAAGAGAUUUAAAGAUAUACUAGAAAUACAUGUGCUUUAAUAGGCUCAUAUAGGUAGAAUUCAUAGCUCAAGACCUGCAUCCACAGUCAUCUCUUUCUUCUUCUCAUUACAAUUGUCCUCAGGUGCCAAAUGUUUUUUUGUGUUGUUUUGUUUUGGUUUGGUUUCGUUUCGUUUCGUUUCAUUUUAAAUUUUAAAAUAAAGAUAGUAAUAAAAGGAGGAGGUGUCCUAUAAAUUUAAAGUUCAGUUGAUCCAGCCUUAUACUAAAGCUAGCCUUAUGAAAAAGAUUUGCUGUGAGGCAGAAGUAUAUUUUUAGCAGAAAGAAAAAUAAAUGAAACCUUUUUCCUUGAGCUCAAUAUCCUUAUAUUGGCAUGUAUUUUUUUAUUUCAUAUCUACUUUAAAAAAGGAAUUGAGAAAUGGAAAUAUAUCCAUUGGUGUAAUUUAUCAUGCCCCACUUUUAAAAGUUAUAGGAAAUAUACUUCUUGAUUUUCCUUUACUUAUAUCUGUUCUUAUAUUAAAUUUAAAAUCAAAUCUCCCAGUAUAAAAUGUUAAAAGCUGAUAUUAGUUUACUAAAAUAUAAACUUGAAAAUCAAACUUACCAUACCACAUUUGAAAAUAUCAUCAGAGCACCCUGAACCCACAUAUUAUAAUGAGACUCUUGAAGCAGAGUGAAUUUAGCUAAGCUUUAUAGUUUCAUUGACUGUGAACUCUGCCUCUACUUAAAAAACAAAUGUAAAUAUUUUGAUUAACACCCUUCAAUCCUCAUGAAAAGGGUGGCAUUCACCUGAGGAUUACCAUUUUGAUUUCUUAAACAUUGAAACCUUUCCAAAUAUACUCAACUAAGUUUUAAAUUCGUUUCCCAUGACUUUAGGUUGAUUUCCAUUUUAUUCUCAAGUGUAAGUUUCACCGUGUUGACCAACAGAAUAUUUUUAAAAAACUUUCUCCAUGAUCAAAUUUCUCUUCUAAAUUUUUAGUAACAUAUUUCUUUAAAAAAAUACACCACUUUAUGAGAAAAUUCAUCAGAAAUUAAAAUGUAAUACAAAUAAAUUGCUGUCUGAUAAUGCCAUAUGAAAUUAUAAUCAACUGUAAUAAGAAAAAUAUUCAUCCAAUUAGAGGAGAACAAGGUGUACUUUUCUCUGUGUUUUUAUGCCCUUUGCCCUUCAUUCAAUACAUUCUAUAAUGCAUAAUAUUAGUAAUGCACUUUUGGGAUCUUUUAUUUUGGAAUGAUGCUAACUCUGUCUCUUUGCCAAUUCUAAUACCAGGUUCCAAGUAAUAAAUCUACAAGGAAAACUGAAUAUUCAUUCUAGGGCUAGGAUAUGAACUUCGCAAUUCAUUUGGGUACCUAUUUUCAUUGAAUUUCCUUGAAAACAGUCUGUUCCUGGUGCCCAGUGAUCACUCAGUUGGACCAGCAUGACUAAAAGGAAGGGGAAAAGACUGAAAUGCUGAGAUUCAGAAAAGUGACCCUAAAGGACAGUUUGGUCCAAGGAUGAAAAGAAGAAGACCUACUUUGAUCGAGUUAUAUGGACCAUCUAAGGAGUCCACUCACUCUUCUGUUCUGGGAGAGGAGUAGGGGCAGCCUGAGAAGACCCUAUGUGGAUUGGGAAGAAGCUUCUCUCUGGGUUAGGGGUGGGGAGCAGAAGGGAGUACGCAAAGGAAAACCAUAUGAGAUUUGACUGAAGUAAAGAAAAACAGUAAAUCCCCGAAUGUACUAAUCCUUGUUAGUAAAAGUCUUUCCCAAACUUCUGCUGUUACCAGCAAGUGAUCAGGAAGACUAGGAGCUAUUUCUGACUGUGAAUGAAUUGUGUAAUGGCUCUGCUGCAGUUCUGUGACUUCCAAACCAGGAAUUAACCACUUUUUAAGAAAAAACAAAAAACAAAAAAACAAACAAACAAAAAAAAAAAACCAUUUCCUAUGCUAGUCUCCCAGCAAAAUGUACAUGUUUUGGAGACUUCAAAAGUAUUAUCUGAGUUCACAUUUAGCCACAGCUUAUUAAUAACCCUCAAGCUGUCAGAAUCUCUAUAGUUACCAUUUACAAUUUUAUACUGUGAAAAAAAUACAGAUCAGUGAAAAACAUAAAGAUAAAUUGAAAUUCACUUUUAAGAGGGUCUGAGGCCUGGGAGAUUCUCUACUAUCUGUUGAAGAGUGAGGCAUGUAUAAAAUAGUUGGCUGAAUUUCACUGAUCUUCCCAAUGUGAACAAAUAUACUAUGUAUAUUGUGUGUAUUUCUAGAAUUCAAUGGCAGCUGCUGGUGGUGUUGUAAUUAGAAAUCUAUAUAGAAUAUAGAUGUUUUAGAGAGAUGGUGCCAAUCCUAAAAGAUUUGUGUGGGCUACAAGUGCUUGUACUUACUUUUUUCUGCACUUUAACAGAUUUGGUUUUAAAAUUGUGUGCGCGUAUCUGUUCUUUUUCUGUUGUUGCAGCUUGUACUAUUAAAACAAUAGAGAAUGUUAAAUUAUUUUGAUGUGAAUUGCAAAUGAUUUUUUUCAUAAAGUUUAACAUUUUUAUCAGCAUUGUUUUGCUUUGUACUUGUAUAAAUGUGUUUUAUUUUAGCCUUCAAAAGUACACUUGCCUGUUUCUCAGUUGUCUAAAUCAUGUUAUAGUUGGUGUUUGUGAAGUCAGUUACUUUUUGAAAAAUAUUAAAAAAGAAACUAUGGUAUGACUUUAA